AUGGAUUUCCGCAGUGGAUGGCUAUCACCAGCACCCCACGUGUUCGGCUCUGCUGCUCCCUCUUUGCAACCGAUCCACACAACUCCUCAUCCCCGGGCCCCACCAUCGCUCCCCAUAAACCAACAAACAAAAAGAAGCUACCCACAACCAAACCCAACUCCCUCCUUCCCCGUUCCCCCGUGGGCUCCUCAUUCACACCCUCCCCUCGAUCUACUCUCCACCACCCUCCAAAUUAUCCUCCUCCUCCUCCUCCUCCUCUUCAGAUCUCCGGCCUCGUCCUCCUCUUUUCCCUACCACCACCCUCCGAUUAUGCGCCUCUUGUUGUUCUUGUGGCUGCUCGCUCUCGCCUGGCCGGCGGCAGCGACGGAAGUCAGCAGCGCCUACGAGGCGCUGCGCUCCCACGGGCUUCCCAUCGGGAUCCUGCCCAAGGGCGUGCGGGACUUCGCCAUGGACGAUGACGGCCGCUUCGAGGCGCGUCUGGAUACUCCGUGCAUCGCCAACUUCGAGAGCGAGAUGCGGUACAACGCUAGCGUCGCCGGCACCAUCUCCGCCGGACAGAUCGCGGGCCUCACCGGCGUUGCCGCCCAGGACCUCUUCCUCUGGUUCCCUGUCCUCGCCAUCCGCCUCGACAACCAGACCUCCGGCAUCAUCCACUUCGACGUCGGCGUCGUCGACAAGCGCUUCCCCCUCUCCCUCUUCGAGUCCCCUCCCGACUGCUCCCCCGACUCCUCGCAGAGCCAACCGGGCGAGCUACGCUACCAACUCGAAGACCAAGACGCCUCCAUCUGAAACCAUCGCAGUCGUCGGCGCUCGUCAGUAAUGGUCCUACGUAGCUUGGCUUUGGCUUGCUUAGAUAUAUAUGUCUGCUUCGUUUGUAGCAAACCCACCCACCCCCCUCUGCUCCAGUGAAUUCUCUUUUCUCCAUAGAAGAAUGAUGGCGAUGAGGGACUCGCCUAAUGUGCAAACACAAUUCGUCCAAGAACGGAUUGGAGAGCAUCCGUUCUUGGAUUAUAAGAGAUUCCCUAGUGUUCCUUUUUCCAACCAAUGGAUUAUACUACAGAUGUUUAUACCAGUUGCUACUCCCUAAUCGCGAUCGCAACUAUCGAAUUAGUUGGUAGAAGGCGACAUGUAUGCAGUGGAUAGCCUGGGGGUUGAUCCACACCAAAUAUCUUUCCUAUAGUUUCUUAUUUUUGUGAGUGGUAAAUGAAUUGAAUCUUUCUGUAUAUGCUGGAACCAUCUGUCUGUAUGUAGUCAAAACCUAGGAAACUGUUGGAUCUGGGAAAAUAUAUAUUCUAUUGAUUGCAAGAAUGACACUCUUCUCUUUCA